AUGCACGAAGAGACUCGCAUUGCUACGAUGGACGAGGAUGAUGAUGAAUUAACCGAGUUUUAUCCAUUAGAUACUCAAGAAGAAGAGAUGCUUGUGGAUUCUAGACCUUUUCUUCAUUCAGAAGUGGAAACAGUGGCCAAUGGUCCAUGGACAACGUCCCGUGACCACGUUGCGUUGCAGUUUUUUUGGCAGGGCUAUGACGCCUAUGUCAUAUACAAGGAAAAAGAAAGUAUUGCUCCGUGCUUCUACAAUGCACAGUGUAUUGGUCAAUCGGCAGACAGUGAAUUUGUACAGCUCGUGCCUAUUGAUGGGGUGCGUGAGCGCCAUAUUUUGGAUGAAAUGCGCGUGCAACUUGUGUCGGUUUAUAGUGGGAGAUAUCUGAGAGCAACGCACGUGUCCAAGUAUCUCAAAUGGUCACGAUCACGAGAUGAGCAGACAGUGUUUUUGAUCCGGAUUGCUGACCGCAAACCGCUCAACUCGAGCUCGAAAUUCACACUUACCAGUUGUUUCUGGCCAGAUCGUGCUGUCGGAUUCACACAGACAUUUCCGCUUGGAGGCGGUCGUGAAAUUAGUAAGGCGAUUGGAUUUUUGACACUAGAAAAGAAGAAAAAUCAGGCGCCGCUUUUGUUUCCAAUUCGAUUCAGAGCAGUGUUACGCUCUAUGCGAAAUGAUCGAUCGUCAGUGGUGGCGAGAUCUCGACAACUGAUUCCAUUCGUGACGGCCAGGGAUAUGCUAUUCAUUGGAGAAGAUGAUGCUGAAAGAUUAAAUAAUGUCCCAUUGGCUCGCAUGGCGUCACUGUCUACCAUAGGUUCUUCCUUGGUAGAACGCACAUUAAAUAGCCGCUUGUCCGGUGUAGAUGACGAGGUUUGGCACAAUUGCACUUUCUGUGGCGUGCUGUUUCGUGCACGUUGCGACCUUAUCGCCCACAUUCGCGAUGGCCAUGGAGAGAUGCUGCAUCGUGUGUCUGUUCCCGGCACAUUUUGCAUUCACUGUGGCACACGUCGCGUUGACGGACACUGCACAAGGUGCGAGGAUGUAGACGCCUAG